AGUGGAAGUUGUGCCGAUGUUAUACAGUGGCGAAUUUAUGUCAGUAUGCUCGUGGAUUGUGAACGAAGUAAACGGAGUGAGCGAAAGAUUCAGCCGGAGUCUAUUCCUCUGCGGUCUUCGUCUCUACGUAAUUUGAGACGUAUUCAUUUCGCAUCGCAUUCGCGCGAUCGCCAAACAGUCAUCUGACUUGAUCUAUUGUCAUGGAAAUUGUCUGAAGAAAUUUCUUAUAACGUAGAAUCACGAAUUUACUGCAAUUGUCAAACGAGAAAUCAUUGGCGCUACCGCUUCCAAAAUAUGGGACCUUCCUCGAACCAGGAUCAGACUAUAAGUAACAACCGGAAAUUGCCACAAAACGAGCAGAAUAUAAGGUCGGGACCAGAGGUGAUACCGGUCUCAAAAUCGAGACAAGCAGCUCCGCAGGUACUGGCAGUCGGUGCAAAAAACCUUUUAUUACUGAGCUAUGGUUGUACAAUUGGAUUUAGCACCAUUCUCCUUCCUGCUCUGCAGAAAGCGGAACCCGAAAUUGAUGUCACCCUCGACGAAAUCACGUGGAUCAGUAGUCUCAACUUGAUCCUCGUCCCUGUCGGAUGUCUGGGCAGUGGAUUAAUAUCUGGUUACCUUGGGAGAAGGAAGACGAUGAUGAUAUUAAAUGCUCCGUUCAUCGCUGCCUGGAUUAUGUACUAUUAUUCCUACAACUCGUCGAUGCUUUUUUGUGCCUUAGCCAUGACGGGGCUUACCGGUGGCCUCUUGGAAGCACCGGUGCUAACGUAUGUCGCAGAGGUGACGCAACCACACCUUCGGGGCAUGCUAUCAGCGACUUCGACCAUGUCCGUAAUUCUCGGCAUCUUUAUUCAAAUGCUAGCGGGCAGCUUGACCACCUGGAGGGUGGUCGCUCUCGUAAACAUGAUUUUUCCGAUAUUGUGCUUCGUCUUACUGUGUCUGAUUCCCGAAAGUCCUCAUUGGCUCAUUGAAAAGGGGCGCAUGAAGGAGGCUUUAAAGGCGUUGCGCUGGCUUCGGGGAUGGGUGCCUGCCGACCACGUCCGGGAGGAAUACAACACCGUCUGCGAGUCCAUUCAAAAGCCGCAGCAAUUAGAAGCAGCGGGUGAAGAAAGAGCCUGGAGGCACUACACGAAUCGCACCUUCUGGGUGCCCUUUUUCUUGGUCAGCUGGGCCUUCAUUGUCGGUCACUUUGGCGGCAUGACGCCGUUGCAGACGUUCGCAGUGUCUGUCUUCGGUGAACUUCAUGCGCCCAUCGAGCAAUUCAAAGCCACGGUGUUUAUGGGCGCUGCUGAACUCCUCGGCACGUUGUCUUGCGUAAUUCUGAUACACUUUACUGGAAAACGGAUUAUCGCCUUGAGUUCCAUUCUCAGCACGGCCGUCUGUUUCUCUAUCGCUGCGCUUUACGGUAACUUGAUCCAGCGAGGCCUCGUCAUAGGCGAAGACUACUCUUGGAUUCCAACUUACGCCUUGAUUGGUGCCGCUUACCUUAGUCACUUCGGAAUUAGAUUGCUGCCCUGGAUACUCAUAGGGGAGGUUUUCUCAUCACAGGUCCGGAGUGUUGCAGCGGGUGCAGUCAGUGCUUUUGGAUAUGCGUGUGGCUUCGUCGUGAACAAGGUUUACCUCUACAUGAAAAAUGGAAUGACACUGGCCGGUACAUUUUGGUUUUACUCGGCGGUCGGGUUUGUGGGGGCCAUCGUAAUCUACUUCAUUCUGCCGGAAACGGAGGGACGGACGCUCAGAGAGAUCCAGGAACAUUACGCAGGAACUCAUGAUCUAAAAACUAGGCCGAGAAAAGAAGAUCUACCGAUUAAAGAAAAAUGGACUGUGUCCAACCCGAUUCCAGUGGUCGAUGAUGUGGAAAGUAAGCUCUAAAGUGAAAGUCAAGGACUUCCUACCUUUAAAUGGGUAACGGAAGUCAGAACCUUGAUAAUGUGACGAGUAUUACGAAACGGUUGUGAAACUCAGAAGACUAGUUAGUUUGAGGUAACGAGUUCAACUACUUUAAAAAUAAACAAACACGUUCUGCGGUAUUUAUUGUGUAUUUUUAGUUGGAAAGAUUUUCAAACACUCGAACCUGAACUGAUGCAUAAGUUUGCAAGGCAUUCGUACAAGAAAGUGGGACCAGCUGCAUGUUCAUCGUUAAGAGUAAUAUCAAGCGGACACAUCCUCAGAUUUACCGUAUCUAUUUUUAAUACACUUAGAAAGUCAUUUUUUAUUUCUGUGAACAAUUAUUUUGUACAAAUCGUCAAUGUUAUUUAUAUCUAACGAUGACAUUGAGGUAGCCAUAGUAAUUAUUUGUAUAGUAUAUUUGACCUCCUGUUGUGAUUACUAUAAUGAUGUACCGGUAAGAUAAAAUUUUUAUCAAGCAUAAAUAUAUU